CUACACACACCUCCCAGACGCGUUGCACAGGACACACGCCGGUGUCGGAGCGGAGCGCAGGCUGUACGGAGCCGCUACCAGAGAGAGACACACACAGGGGGGAAGAGUAGCGGUGCCGCAGGAGGUGGCAUGACAUGAGCGGUGUUUUUGGGCAGCAAGAGCGCAACACUUUUUUCUUAUUUCUUAUUCUGUGACUUUAAAAAGCUGCUUCUGGCACUCGGACUGAGGCUUCCAGGGCUUUGAGAGCCGUUACUGUGGACUUUGGCUCGCUGCAGCCGAGCCCCUUCAGGAGAACCGACCCUCGUGUGCGCAAAAUACGCGGGGACGCAGAGAGGGAGAUACGGAGACUGGGAGCCUCUCAGUCGGAACUUGGCGCACCCUGGAGCCGCUGUCCAGACCCUCCGGAGCGCAGAAAUCGCCCGAAGCCUCCCAGCUGCGGAGCGCACGCAGUAUUGAUCAAGGAGUUUGUUUGUUCACUCAUUUUUUUUUUUUUUUGGAUGAGGUUUAGUGACUCCGCUAAAUGGACAGACUUAAAAGGCAAAGGGCUGCGCAAAUUAAAAACACCUCUGAAUUUCUCCAGUGACAUGUAGUUGGCACACUGUUUUCUCCACCAAUGGUUUAAUAAACGCAGAGGGAUUAUUUAGUUUUGACUGGUGCUGAAGCGGUGUGGAUUUUCUUUUUUUGUUGGAGGAACAGCAUAAUCUAUAUUCUACGAGUUGGAAACAUUAGAAACUUAAAAGCUCUCCACGAGUUUUCUGCGUCAUCCAAGAUGGAUUUUGUGUCAUCCUUGAUUGGAUUUUUAAUGGCAAUGUGUCAUCUGGCAUCGAGAGUCAGAGGAGAAGAUGCAGCAGAGUGCGGAGGCGUCUUCGAUGCCAGCGAGGCCGGUUACAUCACCUCCCCGGGUUAUCCUCUGGAGUACCCGCCUCACCAGAACUGCCACUGGAUCAUCACGGCGCCGGAGCCCUCGCAGCGCAUCGUCCUCAACUUCAACCCGCACUUUGAGAUUGAGAGGCUGGACUGCAAGUAUGACUUCAUCGAGAUCCGUGAUGGGACUUCGGAAACCGCAGAUGUUCUGGGUCGACACUGCAGCAACAUCGCCCCAGCACCCAUCAUCUCGUCUGGACCCUCCCUACAGAUCAGAUUCGUCUCAGACUACGCCCACCAAGGGGCGGGCUUCUCGCUGCGCUACGAGAUCUUCAAAACAGGGUCAGAGUUCUGCUUCCGCAAUUUCACCAGCUCCUCCGGCAUGAUCGAGUCCCCGGGGUUCCCGGAUAAGUACCCGCAUAACCUGGAGUGCUCCUAUAUGAUCAUCGCCCCGCCCCACAUGGACAUCACCCUCACGUUCCUCACCUUUGACCUGGAGAACGAUCCCCUGCUGGUGGGAGAGGGCGACUGCAAGUACGACUGGCUGGACGUGUGGGAUGGCCUGCCCCAAGUGGCUCCUCUGAUCGGCCGGUACUGCGGGACAAAGAUCCCGCCAGAGAUCCAGUCGUCCUCCGGCCUGCUUUCCCUCUCCUUCCACACCGACAUGGCGGUGGCCAAAGAUGGCUUCUCCGCCCGAUACAACAUGACGCACAAAGAAGUCAGCGACUCGUUCCACUGCAGCAUGGCACUUGGCAUGGAGUCGGGGAAGAUUAGCGACGAUCAGAUCUCCGCUUCCACAACCUUCUACGACAACCGCUGGUUGCCGCGCCAGGCCCGCCUCAACAACGAUGACAACGCCUGGACGCCUUCAGAGGACAGCAACAAGGAGUAUAUACAGGUUGACCUCCACUUCCUGAAGGUUUUGACGGGCAUCGCCACACAGGGCGCCGUUUCCAAGGAGACACAGAAGUCCUAUUACGUCACCACCUUCAAACUGGAGGUCAGCACCAACGGGGAGGACUGGAUGGUCUACCGGCAUGGCAAGAACCACAAGAUUUUCCACGCCAACACAGACCCAGCCGAGGUAGUUCUGAACCGGGUCCCGCAGCCAGUUUUGGCCCGGUUUGUUCGUAUCCGACCACAGACCUGGAGGAACGGCAUCGCCCUUCGCUUCGAGCUCUACGGAUGCCAGAUUACAGAUGCUCCAUGCUCAGACCUGCAGGGCCUGCUGUCCGGCCUGCUCCCCGACACCCAGAUCUCAGCCUCCUCCAGCAGGGACAUGGUGUGGAGUCCCGGGACGGCCCGUCUGGUGGCCAGCCGCUCCGGCUGGUUCCCCGCGCCUGCGCAGCCCCUGGCUGGAGAGGAGUGGCUUCAGGUGGACCUUGGCGUGCCUAAAACGGUGCGCGGAGUGAUCACCCAGGGAGCACGGGGAGGGGACGCAGGAAGUGGGGCAACCACAGACAACCGGGCAUUUGUCAGGAAGUACAAAGUGGCACACAGCCUGAAUGCCAAAGAGUGGAACUUCAUCAUGGACAGCAAGACUAGCCUGCCCAAGAUUUUUGAGGGGAACACACACUACGACACCCCAGAGCUGCGUCAUUUUGAGGAGACAGUGGCCCAGUUCAUCAGGCUAUAUCCGGAGAGAUGGUCUCCAGCAGGGAUCGGCAUGCGAGUGGAGAUACUGGGCUGUGACCUUCCAGAAACCACCACGCCGGCCGACACCGCCACGCCAACUCUGCCCGCUGACAUCGAAACCACCACAGUCCCUGUCACGAUUACAGUAGCCACCUCUCCUCCAUCAGACAGCGUGUGCGACUUUGACCACGGCCUGUGUGGGUGGACACACGACCCCAACGCCCCUCUCCUCUGGUCCCUGCACAGCAACGAGCACACCAGCUACCUGUACAUGGACGCCAGCCUAAAGACGGAGCAGCAGCGAGCCCGCCUCGUGAGCCCCGUGGUGGCGGCCGACACCGGACCUCUCUGCCUCCUCUUCUCCUACCAGCUGUCUGGGGACGCCCAGGGCCACCUGAAGGUCCUGCUGCGGGAUGCCCACAACGCGGAGAACGUCCUGUGGACUCUGAAAGACGACCAGGGUUCUGUCUGGAAGGAGGGUCGCACCAUCCUGCCUCGCUCCCCUAAAGACUUCCAGGUUGUGAUGGAGGGUUUCUUCGUGCACAACACCAGAGGACACAUCUGGAUAGACAACAUCCACAUGAGCUCCAGCAUCCCCCUGAAAGAGUGUACACAACCCUUCACGGCUUUUCCACCUGAGAAUCCAGUUAAGAGACCAAACGAAUUUGGAGAUGGGCGACUUUCCAGUGGCAGAGACCCACUAGGUGGAGAUUUACAAUUCCCUGAGUGGAACACAGCAUCCCCGUCAUCGGAGCCUCCAGUGACCCGCAUCUCCGAGAAGGACAACUCAUGGUUGUACACCCUGGACCCCAUCCUGGUCACCAUCAUUGUCAUGAGCUCCCUGGGCGUCCUGCUCGGGGCGGUCUGCGCCGGCCUCCUCCUCUACUGCACCUGCUCGUACAGCGGCCUGUCGUCACGCUCCUCCACCACCCUGGAGAACUACAACUUUGAACUGUACGACGGCCUCAAGCACAAGGUCAAACUGAACCAACAGCGCUGCUGCACCGAGGCGUGAGGAGGUCGAGAGCGUGAGAGAGGGAAAUACAAAAGGGGGACGGAACGAGAGCGACGGCCAUUUUGUGAAAACCUCUCACUAUUUAAUUUCCCUCCAGUUCACUUUAGUGUCAGUUUACUUCCUCUGUGGUGCAGAUCCCUGGACACACGGACAAGCCACUUUUUUAACUCAAAUGAGAACUCGGAAGACGUGGAACAGUCCAGUGUAGGUCGGUUUGUGGUGAACGAACCAAUGAGAGAAAGACUGGGGUUACCCAGAUGGGUUGCUCCAUUGCUGGGAUGUUAGGCCUCAAAAAAUAAAUAUCUACACAUAUCAAUUACAGACUCCUGCUCCACCAAAAGAGAAGUGUUUAUAAAUGCAUCAUAGAUUUGUAAGAGGUCUAGUUUUGAAACUGGAUACUGUAAGCUACAUACUGAGUCAGAACACAUUGUGUUGGAAAGGUGGUAGGUUAGGAACGUGCUUAUAGAAAGCGUCUUUUUUGAUCACAUGUGAACACAGUGGCCUAGAACUUAGCUCCCUUGUGUGGCCCAGUGGUUUUUUUUUCUGUUCCGUCGUAAACUCUGCUACCUAUCAGCCUCAGUUAUCCUCUUAGUUCCUGACAGUCUGUGGUAUUUUUAGUCGCCGACGACAUCCAUCCAGCUUGUCUUUCUACUCGGCCACUCUCUUUCUGUUUAAUGUUUUCGUUCUGGCCUAUUGCCAGUCUGCGAUUGCAGAUUAAAAAAACAGGCGGAGAAAGUGUAUGUGUGUGUAGAGGUGGGGAGGUGGGGGG